AUGUUCUGCGGCUGGUUGGACCAAGCGACGGGGACGCCAACCCGGCGAGCAGGCAAGCCACCAGGCGCCAAAAGGUUCAGGCAGGUCCCAGGGCCCACAGCAGCAGCAGUGCACGCACACAGCGCCAACAGCGCCAAGGUCGCCAAGAUCGCCAAGGUUGUCAGAAAAGGCGCUGGCCGGGGAGUUGCUCGGAGGUAUUGCCGCCAUGGCAGUCCGCCACAGCUGGCAAAGUCCGUCCGGGCGACCGCUGGCUGCUGGUCAGCACGGAUCCGUCUCACGGACCGCCCCUAUCGUAUCCCUCUGUGCCCCUGUGUGCUGGAGGCUUUGCGCGUCUUUGCCAUGCCACCCGACCAGAUGGUAAUGCGGACUCGUAUCCUUCUAUCCAUCAGCUCUGCUGCAGCACACUUCUCCGGAAGGGGCAGCAUCUCCGCACUCCAGCGCCUCGCUCUCACCGACGCUCUCGAGCGCCGAGAUGGCUGGGGAGAAAGGGGGGAGCGCAGUCCGAUCGCAGAUGAUAGGCAGGCCUGCCGGCUCACGUGCGCCGUCCCACGCCACAGCCGCCUCUGCUCUGACUCGUCGGAUCCCGAACAGAGCCGGGCCUGUUUAUACGACGUGCUACUAUCAAUAUGGCCGAACCGCAUGCGGAGUCGUCCCCUCCCCUUUGUGGCAACCGGACGGGGACAGCACCGCCACCCUGACGCCGUUGUGGCCUGGCCCGGGGUCAUCAAGGGUCUGUGGGUGUGCGGACGGGGGGGUCGGAGCCGAUCAGAUGGGGCACAGGAGCUCAAGCGAGAGGCUGGGACUUUCUCGUUUCGGACAGGCGUCGCUCUCUCGUCGUUGCCCGAGGCUCGUUUGUGCCAGAGCAGGCCGCCAGGUCGUCCCACCGUGACGGGUAUCACCCAGCGCAUCGUGCCGGCUGCAGCAAUGGCUUGGGGGCUUGGACGGCUCGAUGGCCCGAAUCGGCUGUCGGAUAGCCGAGCAUCUCCCCACGACCAGAGAGAAGGGUCUGCUCUGCAACCACAUCGCCUUGCAGGACUAGUGCCAGCCAGUAGUGACGUUGGCGAGAGAGAGGAUGAAGCGAAUCUCGCUCGAAUCCGCGACAACCAGCGUCGCUCUCGUGCCCGCCGCAAAGAGUACCAACAGGAGCUCGAGCAGCGCGUGCGCACGUACGAAGAACAGGGCAUCGAGGCCUCCACCGAAGUACAGCAGGCCGCCCGCCAUGUGUCUGAAGAGAACCGCCGGCUGCGGACCUUGCUUCACCACCACGGUGUCCCCAACAGCGAGAUCGAGGCUUACCUCCUCAGCGGUAAGGUGUCUGCCCUGGGCACCACACAUCCGGCAGCAGCCGGAAUCCCGCCUCCCGGCUCGUCAGCAGAGGGACCGCGAGUCCAGGCCCUGGAGCAGGUUCUGGUGCCUCGCAAGCCCCUCCACUUCGGCACCACAUCGCCGGGCACUAGCAGUCCUGCCGGCGAGGGCCGAGAAGCGUCUGUCCCUCCGCUGUCGUCGUCAUCAUCGUCGUCGACCUUUGUAGCGGCGGCACGCACCGGUGGCAGCAGCAGCGUUGGCAGCGGACGCCAGAGCUACCAGAGCCCCGGCACAGACCAGGGCAAGAACACGGUCGCAGCACUGCCGCAGCAGACGGCAGCUGUGGCCACAUCCACCGAGGGCGACUAUACCAGCAGCUACAGAGGUGACUUUCUCUCCACGGGGCCGUACAGCUUGGCUCCCGGCCGCGCUGCAACCCCUUCCACUGCCGGCAUGGCCUUCUAUGGCCUCGAUGGCGCCAGCACCGAGGAUCUGCAGUAUUCCGGAUCACCAGCCUUUUUCGACUAUAGCGUCUCGCCCCCAUAUCUCGGCCCUUCUACCUACGACCAACAACACCAGCAGCAACAACACCAGCAACAACACCUACCACACCCACACCCACACCACCAACAACAACCACAACAUCGACGAGGUGGAGACCACGAGGGCGGGAUGGGUGCGACCUCCGCCCCCCAGGCACACCCAUUUUACAGCGGCGUCCAGGAUGCUGCGACAGGAGAGACGUAUAUGCGGUCCUGCCCAGCGUGCAUGUCCGGUUUGGGCUGUCAGGUCCACGGCACGUACUACGGAGCCAUAGGAGGAGAAUAG